GAUAAUGAUGGUAUUCCUGAUGCUGAAGAUAAUGAUGAUGAUGGAGAUGGUAUUCCUGAUGAGCAAGAAAAGGAUACUGAUGGAGAUGGUAUCCCAGAUCAUUUGGAUGAUGAUGAUGAUAAUGAUGGCGUACCUGACAAAGAAGAUAAUGAUGAUGAUGGGGAUGGUAUUCCUGAUGAACAAGAAAAGGAUACUGAUGGUGAUGGUAUCCCAGAUCAUUUGGAUGAAGAUGAUGAUAAUGAUGGUGUUCCAGAUUCAGAGGACACUGAUGAUGAUGGGAAUGGUAUUCCCGAUGAACAAGAAAAGGAUACUGAUGGUGAUGGUAUCCCUGAUCAUUUGGAUAAUGAUGAUGAUAAUGAUGGUAUUCCUGAUACAGAGGAUGAUGAUGGGGAUGGUGUUACUGAUAAUGAAAAGGAGCAGAAUGUUGAUAAAAAUGACAUUCCAGACUACUUGGAAAAAGAUACAGAUGGUGAUGGAAUUCCUGAUUAUUUGGAUGAUGAUAUAGAUGGUGAUGGAAUCCCAAAUGAAAAAGAUGAGGAUGAUGACGGAGAUGGCAUUCCAGAUAAAGAAGAAGAUUCAGAUGGUGACGGGAUUCCAGAUUUUUUAGAUGAAGAUGAUGAUGGUAAUGGAAUACCAGAUCACCUUGAAAAGGACACUGAUGGGGAUGGUGUUCCAGAUUACUUAGAUAAUGAUAUUGAUGGUGAUGGAAUCCCUAAUGACCAGGAUGCUGAUGAUGAUGGUGAUGGAAUUCCUGAUAAGUUUGAAGGAGAUAGUGAUGGUGAUGGAAUACCAGACUAUUUGGAAGAUACUGAUGGGGACGGUGUUCCUGACUAUUUAGAUGAUGAUAUUGAUGGAGAUGGUAUUCCAAAUGAUGAAGAUGGAGAUGAUGAUGGUGAUGGCAUACCUGAUAUUUGGGAAGGAGACAGUGAUGGUGAUGGGGUACCAGACUAUUUGGAAGAUACUGAUGGGGAUGGUGUUCCAGACUAUCAAGAUGAUGAUAUAGAUGGAGAUGGUAUUCCCAAUGAUGAAGAUGAUGAUGAUGAUGGGGAUGGAGUUCCCGAUGAGCUGGAAAAAGAUACAGAUGGGGAUGGUAUUCCUGAUUUUUUAGAUGAUGAUAUUGAUGGGGAUGGUAUUUCUAAUGAUCAAGAUGAUGAUGAUGACGGUGAUGGAAUUCCUGAUAUAAAUGAGGAUGAAGAUGGUGAUGGAAUCCCUGAUCAUCUGGAUGAUGAUGAUGAUAAUAAUGGCAUACCUGAUCACCUUGAAGGGGACAGCGAUGGUGAUGGUGUACCAGACUAUUUGGAAGAUACUGAUGGGGAUGGUGUACCUGACUACUUAGAUGAUGACAUUGAUGGAGAUGGUAUUCCAAAUAAUGAAGAUAGUGAUGAUGAUGGGGAUGGCAUACCUGAUAACUGGGAAGGUGACAGCGAUGGUGAUGGGGUACCAGACUUUUUAGAAGAUACUGACGGAGAUGGUGUACCUGACUACUUAGAUGAUGACAUUGAUGGAGAUGGCAUUCCAAAUGACCAAGAUAGUGAUGAUGAUGGGGAUGGCAUCCCAGAUAUAUGGGAACGUGACAGUGAUGGUGAUGGCAUUUUGGAUUAUUUAGAAGACACAGAUGGCGAUGGUAUUCCCGAUUAUAAGGAUGAUGAUAUAGAUGGAGACGGUAUACCUAAUGAUGAAGAUGCUGAUGAUGAUGGUGAUGGAAUUCCAGAUGAACUAGAAAAAGACACAGAUGGUGAUGGAGUGCCUGACUAUCUUGAUGAUGAUGAUGAUGGUGAUGGAAUACCUGACAACCUGGAAAUUGACACAGAUGGAGAUGGGAUACCUGACUAUAAGGAUGAUGAUAUUGAUGGAGAUGGUAUUCCAAAUGACCAAGAUGAAGAUGAUGAUGGUGAUGGCAUACCAGAUGCUCUUGAAAAAGAUACAGAUGGUGAUGGUGUACCAGACUAUCUAGAUAAUGAUGACGAUGGUAAUGGCAUACCUGAUAAUUUGGAAGUUGAUACUGAUGGAGAUGGUGUACCAGAUUAUCUGGAUGAUGAUGAUGAUAAUGAUGGCAUCCCAGACUCUUUAGAUGAUGAUGAUGAUGGGGAUGGCAUUCCGGAUCACCUUGAAACUGAUACAGAUGGGGACGGAAUACCUGAUUUUCUAGAUGAAGAUGAUGAUAAUGAUGGUAUCCCAGAUCAUCUUGAUGAGGACCAGGAUGGUGAUGGCAUUCCUGAUGUUUACCAAGUUGACACUGAUGGGGAUGGGCUUCCAGACUAUCUUGAUGAUGAUGAUGAUAAUGAUGGAAUACCAGAUUCAUUGGAUACUGAUGAUAACAAUAAUGGUAUUCCGGAUGACCAGGAAGUUGAUACAGAUGGUGAUGGUAUUCCUGAUUAUAUUGAUGAUGAUGAUGACAAUGAUGGUAUUCCAGAUUACAUUGAUGAUGAUGCAGAUGGAAAUGGAGUUCCUGAUUCACAAGAGAUUGAUACUGAUGGGGAUGGAGUUCCAGACUACCUUGAUGAAGAUGAUGACAAUGAUGGCAUCCCAGAUACUGAUGAUGAUGAUGAUGAUGGUGAUGGUAUCCCAGACAGUCAUGAAAUCGAUUCUGAUGGUGAUGGAAUUCCUGAUAAUUUAGAUGAUGAUGAUGACAAUAAUGGAAUCCCUGAUCAUUUGGAGAAAGACACUGAUGGUGAUGGUGUUCCAGAUUAUCUUGAUGAUGAUGAUGACAAUGAUGGCAUUCCUGAUGACUUGGAUGAUGAUGAUGAUGGAGAUGGAAUACCAGAUCAGUUAAAGACCUUGGACAUGAAUAAAAAUGGAAUUCCAGAUUAUCAGGAAAUUGAUACUGAUGGUGAUGGAACACCGGACUACUUGGAUGAUGAUGAUGACAAUGAUGGAAUACCUGAUGAUCUUGAUGAUGACGAUGAUGGUGAUGGAAUACCAGAUGACCAAGAAAUUGACACAGAUGGUGAUGGUAUUCCAGAUUAUCUAGAUGAUGAUGAUGACAAUGAUGGUAUUCCUGAUGAUGAAGAUGCAGAUGCAGAUGGUGAUGGAAUACCAGAUGCUGAAGAGGAUGACACUGAUGGGGAUGGAAUACCUGAUUACUUGGAUGAUGAUGAUGAUAAUGAUGGUGUCCCAGAUAGUAUUGACACUGACAAGGAUGGAAAUGGAAUACCAGAUUUUAUGGAAAAGGACUCUGAUGGUGAUGGUGUUCCUGAUUAUCUGGAUGAUGAUGAUGACAAUGAUGGUAUACCAGAUAUAUUAGAUAAUGAUGAUGAUGGUGAUGGCAUUCCAGAUGAUAAAGAAGAUUUUGAUGGAGACGGAAUCCCUGACUACUUGGAUGAUGAUGCGGAUGGUGAUGGUAAGUCAGACAAACUACCUGACUCUGACGGUGAUGGUAUUCCUGACAUACGUGAUGAUGAUGAUGACAAUGAUGGCAUCCCUGACACCCAGGAAGACACGGAUGGUGAUGGCAUUCCAGAUUACAUGGAUGAUGAUGCUGAUGGAGAUGGUAUUCUUGAUAAAGAUCAAGAUUCUGAUGGAGAUGGCAUCCCAGAUCAUUUAGACGAUGAUGAUGACAAUGACGGUAUUCCUGACAGCCUUGACAAGGAUGAUGAUGGAGAUGGCAUACCUGACAGCCAGGAUAAGUCCAAAUGUGACAAAGAUACCUGCCCUUCAAAACCAAUUAAAAAGCCAAGCAAGAAGAAAAGCUUGGCCAAAGAACAGGCUUCAUUUUGGAUUCGCAUAAAAAAUGCUCUUAAGAAAAUGAUGGCAGCUGCACUGAACCAAGAAGGUGGACAAGCAACUGAGAAACCGCCUCCACCACCUCCAGUCAAACAGAAGCCACAUGAACAAAAAUAUGAUCUCCUUGAUGUGGUCAAGAAUUUCAUUUGGGGGAAACCUAAAAGUGAUGAUGAUGACGAUGAUGAUGACAAUAAAAAUAAGGAAAAUGAUGACAAGGAUGAUGAUGACAAUAAAAAUGACGAACUUCCAGACACUCCAAUAAAAAUUGUGCAUGCCAAGCUCAAGCAAGCACCACCAAAGGGCGUUAAAAUCACCAUUCCAACACCAGCACAAAAGUUGCAGGUUGUUAAGAGGGUUGAUGCCAAAAAUGUCCAACUAGAGGCCUUGAAACUGGCAGCCCAGAAAAAGGCAGCCAAUGUCCAAACAAAAACACUGAAAGGUAAAACACUCACACCGAUAGAAAUACAACAACUUCAGCUACAAAACAGAAAACAACAAAACAGCAAGCAGCCUCCUCAGAAAUCAGAGCCUACUAUACAUCAAAAGCCAAUCAAACAGACCCAUUCCACAGAUCAGUCCAUUAAACAACCCCCUCCCACCCAAAAGCAGCCAACCUCAAAUCAAGUUGUUCCACCACAAAAACAGAUUAAUAAACAGAACUCUUCCCCAAAGAAAGAUGUCUCCAAACAAACCCCUGCCCCCGAAAAGCAGUCCACAAAGCAAUCGACCCCAGUGCAGAAAAAGACAGCAAAACUAUCACCACCCGUGAAGAAGGAGCCGGUACAAGCCCCUCCCAUCCAGAAACAGCCAGCCAAGCAAGCCACACCCCAGCAGAAGCAGGAACCAUCGAAACAAAGCAAUGGCAAGGUCAAGCAGCAGCAGGGAAGAAAAAAAACUGAGUUGUAAGCUGGGCGUAUGGUGGAGGAGAUGAGUGUAGAGCUGUCCCUAUAAGUGACCAUCCACAUUCCAACACUGUUCAGGAUUGGGAGAAGCUGAAUUUUUUAAACAAGUUGGUGAUAUCUCAGCUCAAGAGCUGCUAAUGUAAAUGUGGGUUUAAAGUUUGGUCAAAGUUGUUGCCAGGUUUUUUUUUCUUUUUAAUUAAACUGAAGUGCAACAUUGAUGUCCUAAACUAGUGUAUUAUUUGGCUACGUCGUAAUUACCCAUUCUUGUAACUUUCCUUAGAACCUAAUAAAUGCACAGUGACAUCAUGGAAGUCAGGGACUCUAAUUAUUUAAGAUAUAUUAGUCAACCAAUAAUGUAUUGUCUUUCCAAUGAUUUGAAAAUAAUAAUAUAGUACUUUUUUAAUGGUUAACAUUAAAAAAACAAAUUUUGUCUAUUUGUUGAUUUGUCUGUGAUGAACGUUGUCUCUCAUUCAUUGUUUCCUUCGAAGAUGUUCAUUUGUAAGAUUGGUCACAAGGGUGGCCAGGUUUUAUCAUGGUGCUCAUUUGAUAUUGUUUUCUUCCUUGUGCUUGCCAUAAACUCUGCCCUAGACACACCUUUUAUUCCUCAUCCGUCCAUUUUUUCUAAAUAAUGUUUAGUUCAUGUGGUCAAUAAUUUGGAUGAUGUGUUCAUUUUCUAUGUACUGUCAGCAGUUUUAUAUUUUCCUUAUUGUUACCUUUAAUUGGUUUCCAUAAUUAAACAGUUUUAAUAACUAUUAACAUUUAAAAAACACAAUAAUAGAGUUCAAACAGACCUAUUGAAAAUGAAAGAGCCAAAUCUACUUUAAAAUGUCACUCUUUACUUAAAUGGAUGCAGUUAAAAAGAAAAAAAUCUUUUAUCUUAAGAUUAUAUUGUAACAAUGACAUGUAUAUCAGAAGGGAAAUAAUUAUGGGGCUGAAUCAAUGAAAAAAAGAAAUUUUGAAUGGAUUUUACUUUGGUAAACACAUGUACCAUUUGAUACAAUUGUUGUUUGAUAAUUUAUAAUUCUAUUGAUAUCUUUGUGAAAUUAAUUUCAUCAGUAUAAGUUUGUUUGUCCUUUACAUUUAAAUUAACACAUCAAUAUUUUGACUUUGCA